AUGUCAGAGGCCCAUGCUUCAGAUAUAUCGACUCAUUUUUAUAAAUUGGGUCAUUUAGGUAAAGUCAAUUACUAUAUUUAUACCUCCACUACCAAUAAUGAUCAAUCUUUAUUAGAGUUAGAAUUGACAAUUCGUUAUGAACAUCCAAAGUUAUUAAUAACUUAUUAUAACAAAAGUUUAUAUUAUUUCACUUUCAAUGACGAUUUGAUUAUUAAACAUGAAUCCAUUGAUGAAAAUGAUGAAGAAAAAAGUAAUAAAGAUAAACCAUUGGAUUUGGAGAAAGCGUACCCCAAUCUUCAAUUAAAGCAUUCAAGUACAGUAUUAGCAGAAAAUUUAUCUUAUCCCCCAAAAUCAGGAGUUGGUGUUGAACCCACUGAUGAUUUCUUACCCUUUGCCAAUAUAAGUUUCUUAAAAGCUGUUAAAAAAAUGGUAUUUUUCAAUCUAUCAACUCAAGGUAUACUUAAAUUAUUUGGUAAUCAUAGUGUUUUAGUUACAGAUUCAAAACGGUAUACUUUGAUAUAUAUGGAUCCGAUAUUAUUAUCUAAUGGAGAUUUAUUACUCUCCAUUAUUCAAAAGGAAUCUACUAAUCUUUUUGAAUCAUCAAUUAUUGAACCUGAUCAAAAUGGUGAACUUACCAUCGAAUCUAAUUUUGUCAUUUAUCUUGUUCCAAGUGGGAUAAGAUGUCAUUUAUUCGACCCUACAGAUUUAAAUAAAAACUUCAUCCUGAAGAAAAUAACUGAAAAUGAUAGUUUACUUCAUUUAUUAAAACUUUGUACGGGUAUUGAUUAUUCAAAUGAUUCUGAAUCAGAAAUAACUUGGAUUAAAUUAGUCCCCAAUUUAAAACAUCUAAAUAAUCAAACAUCUCCUAUCUCAAAGUUCAUCCAUAGUGUCGAUAAUAAAAAGUUUAUACUAUGGCCAUGGAACUUAUGUUUAUUACAAUUUGGUAAAUAUGAAAAACAUAAUUAUGAUAAUUUGAAUCAACUUCAACAACAACAUCUUCAAAAUUCAAGUGACCCCUUAUCACUUAUUUCAGAUCUCCUUGACUUUAAUAUAUCUCGAAAUCAAUCUCAUCAACUUCAACCUCAUCAACCUCAACCUCAAAGUACUCAUCCUUAUAGUAUUUCCAGUGUAGCAUCUUCAUUGGGUGGUGGUAUAGGAUCAGUUGAACCUAGUACAAUACUUGAACAAGAUCAACAAAAAGAUCUCAUGGAAAUUCAUGAUAUCACCACUCCUAUGGUUCCUGAAAUGUUCCCUAUUCCAAAUCCUGAUGCUAGCUUUUUCAAUAAGAAUGAUAAUGUAACUGCUAUAGACUUUGAAGAAGAUAAUAAUUAUGAAAAGAAAGAAGAUGAUGAAAUGGAAAUUGAUGAUUUAUUUGGGGAUGAUACCAGUGAAAACAAUAUGGAAACGAAAACUCCUAAAGAAUUGGAUGAGGAAAAUGCUGGAGACAAUAUUAAUUCUAUUUCAUCUAAUGAAUCAAAAAAGAGAGAUGAUUUUCCAUUAUCGAUUGAUAAUAAUGUGGCUCAAGAACUUGAUGAUCUCUUUAAUACAUCCAAAGAUAAUAAUAGUCAAGUAUCAAAUGGUCGUAAUAAUUCAAUCAAACCUUCAAGCUUUUCUUAUAUUGAUAUUCCAAAAGAUCAAAUGACAAUCAAACGUUUAAAUACACCAGACUAUGAUGACCCAGGAGCACCUUUACCAAUAAUGCCUACUCCGAAUAUCACUCAUACUACAUCUGCAUAUCCUACAAAUCCUCCCACUGCAGCACCAGUUAAUAACGAAUAUCCUGGCUCGGGAGAUGAUAAUAAUAAGCCAUUACCGCAUCAAUCUCAACCAUUGACUCAAAAAUCUGUAUUUUCCCCAAUUUUAUUUAAUCCUAUCAUUAAGAGUAAUAUCGAUACCAAGUAUGGUAAAGGUGGGAAGUUUUAUGUGGAUAAAGAAGUAUCAGUUGAUCCUGAUACUGAAAAUAAAUCAAAAAUGCCGAGAGCAACAAGUGUAAGUGGGUUUGAUAGGCCUUCAAGAAAAGAUAUUCUUGAAGAUUAUAAAUUAUCUCAAUUAGAAAAGUCAGUAGUCAUUUCCGAUGAUUCCCAAUCAUCAGCUUCAGAAGAAAGUGAUGAAGAUGAGGAUGAAGACGAAAUCAUGAAAUCACCACCAUUAAAAUUAAAUACAAUGAAUGAAUCAUUCACAAGUAGAGCUAAUGCCACUAUAAAUGGUACCUCUGGUAUUCUUGGUGUACCUGUUGGAAUUACCAAUUCCAAUGAUAGUAGUAAUUUUGGUCCAUUAAUCAAUAAUAAUGAUAAGAAUCUGCUUGGGUUUAGUAAUUUCAAUACGGGAGGAUUUGCAUCACCAAAUACAACCAGUAUAAAUAGACUUCCUUUGUUAAAGAUUGAAUCUCCAUUUGCUACCGAAUUACAUCAAGCUAUUUCUCCUAUGGAUUACGAUCGAGUUAAUUCUCAAAAUGCUCAACAAUUCACUCCACCCCAAAUAACGACAUCAAGAAGACUUAGUGCAUCGGAUGAUUCAUUAAAGAGUAUAUCAGAAUCGUCCAACUAUUUACCCUUGAUAUUGAGAAAUAUUAACGUCUCAAGUGUUCCUAAUACAUAUUAUGUUAACAAUUUAGUAUCAAAGAAUAUCCUCACCAAUUUCAGUAUUAAUGAUGAUGAGAAUGAAAAUGAUUUGGAGCUUGUACAAGAUAACGAAAUGAUUGUUAAUAGAAGUCAUAUCAAUGAAUUAUUGGAUAUCUUAGUUCCUAAUUUGGUAUUUGAUUUGAAUCAAAGUAAAUCAACCUUGCCAACUGAUUACUAUGUCGAUAGUUCUUAUAUUUUUUCAUUUGAACAUAAGUUUUUCGAAGUAUUUCCUUACUCCUAUAGAGUACGUCUUUCCGAGUUUUUAUUCGAUUAUAAAGAAUUGGAAACUACGGAUGAAUUGGAUCGACAACUUGGAUUUUUAGAAGGUAUCACAGACGACGAUGUUGAUGUCUUGAAUCCAAAAGCCCAAUAUAAAAAAUUAAAGAGUUUAGAAUGGAAUGGUAUCUUAUUCGACGAUAAGACACAGAUAAAUUUCGAAAAGUAUAAAGUAAUCAUUGAUAAGCUUAAUUCAAAUGUUCUCAAAAUUGAAGAUGUUUAUUUCAAACUUCCUCCAGUUAAGACUAAAGUCUUGAAGAAUAAUAGUAUUGUGAACUUGGAUAGUUUGGGAUUAAAUUAUUGGAAAUAUUUAAAUUUCAGUCCUAUUAAAGCAGAAAAGAACUUUCAAAUUCUUUUGGUUGCCGAAAAUGAUGGAAGUAGAUCAUUUAUGGAUUCGUUCUUGAAUAUGAUUAUCCACAACUAUAAAGAAUGUAAUUUUGGAACCAUUACUAAAGUUAAUCUUUCUACUGUUGACACUAGACCGGAUCUAGAUAGUAUUACUAACGGGGUUUUUCUUGUGAACAGAGAAGGUGAACAAUCAUAUAAUGAUAUUUAUGUUCAACUCAAUAAGAAAUUGAAUUCACUUGUUGAACUUAUUAAAUUGGAUCUUAUAAACAAAACAAAUAAUUUUGAAUUUGACAGACCUUUAUUGUUGUUCUUUAUCAAUUUUAAUGAAAAGAUGAAUUCAUUACUUCAAAUCUCCAAAAUUCUUAGGAAUUUCAAAGUAUCCUUGACAAAUCAUCAAUUACCACUUGUUCGAGUUUUUACAAAGAUAAUCUCAGGUGAUUUUAUGGCAAAGAAACAAAGAAAUCAAAGUAGAUUGAAGAUAUUGUCUAAUUUUAAAUUAACCAAACUUUCCAUGAAUUUAUAUAAUCAAUGUCCAAAUGAUUUGGCUAAUAAAGAACUAGUAAAGAAUAACUAUACAUUACUUGUUAAAGAACCACCAACAAAAAUUCAGUUUAAGUUUAUAAAUGCAAAUUUUAAAGAAAGCAAUUUUAAUGAUGAUAUAUUUUUACAUUUAGCAUAUGAGAGGUCCAUAGAUAAGAAUUGGUUUUCAGUAGCUUGGUCAGAUCCUUUAGGCAUGGUAAGUUAUUCAAAGUCUUGGUAUUGUGCUUCUUCUCAAGAACGUCCAAGUUCAGAAGGGACAGCUCAUGAUGUUGCUGGAAUAUGUGAUCAAAUUUGGGCAAAAUCAAAUGAACUCUUUAAAAAAUUGAAUGAUGAAUUUCAUUCAAAGUCAAGUACACUUGGAGGAAAGAAGUUUUUGGUCUUAACAAGAGUUAAUAAUGUGAUUCCUGAUGAUGAAUUAGUUCAUUGGAAGAGAUUAAGUGUCAAGCAUAAAGAUGUUUCAUUGAUUGUUUUAUCUGUUAGUAGUUCACCAAAAUUGAUAUUCCAAAAUGAAUCAAUAGUUCAAUCUCAGAAACCAGAUAUUGAUAUCCAUUCUGGAAUUACAAACUCCAAUAUUAAUAAUUUCAAUCUGCAAUUUCAAAGCUCGGGUUCAGGUAUAGAUAGAGAAUUCCAUUUUAGAGCUCCAAGUUCUUCUAAUAAUGCUUCACCAAAUACAAGUCAAAGUAACUUGGUUACCUCACCAAAUGGUUUAACAUUCCAUUCACCACAACAAUUCUUAAAUGCUCCAGGAAACUUUUUGUCGCCCCUGGAACUUUUACCAUCGCAUAAUUCUUCCAAAUUUAAUGAUUCGGAGUAUUUAAUGCAUGAAUUAGGGUCAGAUAUAGUAGGUAUUGUGCCUCGAUUAUCAUUACCUUCAUUUAACUCCCCAACUCGUCUUGGUAUAAAAGUGGGGUAUUUGUUAAAAGAAUUGUCUUCUCCAAAAGCAACUUCUAAAUUAAGUGAUUAUUUGAUGUAUGAAGUCACUUUACUUAGUUGUUCUAAUUACUGGGAUUUGGACCUGUUAAUGAAGUUGCUUUUGAAUCAAUAUAAGAAGCUUAUUACUUUAAAUGAGAUUCUUGGUUUAAGAGAUAUUGAUGGAAACAUAGUUGGACCUCAACUGGACAAUUACACCACUGAAGCAACUAAGACGGAUCGUCUUAAUUUCGAAGUAAAAGGAUUAGUUCCAUGGCAUAUUUCAGCAGUGACAAAGACAUUAGACUAUUUAGUGCACAUAUAUGUAGAAGAAUAGUUAGGGACUGUAUAUAGUGGUAUAUUUUUUAAAUUUACAGUUUACGUAAUAUUUUUUCCAGG